AUGGCACCUAAGCUCGAGGAAGUAAUGACUCUACAUGUCGAACAGGUCAAAGAUGAUCGACUCAUGAUGGGCGGUACCAAGGGAGGCGUCAUGCGUGCCGUGUCUCCUCUCAACGGCGGCUGGCUCAAGGGCGAGAACAUUAACGCCUCUUUGGUCCAAGGUGGAUCUGACUGGGUCAAGUUCGACACCACCUCCGGCACAGCAUACCUCGAUGCUCGUUUUCACUUCCGGGAUCCAGCGACUGAUAGCAUCUUUUACUGCCGCGCCGAAGGGAUAAGUCGUCUGGAUGAGAAGUCCGCGCUGAUUUUCGCUUGGAGGCCGGAAUCCAAGACGACUCAAGCAAGUGAUCAUUACCUGUUCGUUAGUCCGAUAUUCGAAGUUAGUAAGGAAGAGCAUAAGUGGAUGGAGCAGCAUUGCUUCGUUGGUCAUGGCUUCUAUACCGCACCUGGAGAUGGUACACAGGGAGUGACCUUCACGAUCUACAAGCUGGUGUCGGCUUGA